AUGAGGAACUGGACUGAGCUCGAGCUGAAGAGCUCAGUUCAUUCACCUGUGGAAGUGGAACAUGACAGCAACCCCUAUAACCUGGUCCUGGGGUUGGUCAUUGCCGUGGUGUCGGCCAUUUUGAUCGGCGGCAGCGUGAUCUUGAAGAAGAUGGCUCUGAUGCGUCUGCCCAAUGACGGGAGCACGAGAGCAGGAGACGGAGGCCACGGGUACCUGAAGGACUGGCUGUGGUGGGGGGGGCUGCUGACCAUGGGAGCAGGGGAGGUCUGUAACUUCGUGGCGUACGCCUUCGCCCCGGCCACACUGGUGACGCCUCUGGGAGCUCUGGCUGUCAUCAUCAGCGCAGUACUGGCCUCCCACCUGUUGGGGGAGGUGCUGAACCUCAUUGGGAAGUUCGGCUGCCUCCUGUGUGUCCUAGGCAGCGUCCUGCUGGUCAUCCAUGCGCCGCAGGAACAGGAAGUGACAUCACUGCAGGAGAUGAGCGACAAACUGCUGGAGCCGGGUUUCCUGGUGUACGUGAUCCUGGUGCUCCUGUCCGCAGCCGCACUCAUCCUGGUGGCGGCGCCGCGCUGUGGAAAAACUCACAUCCUGGUGUAUCUGUCCAUCUGCUCUCUGCUGGGGGCCUUCACAGUGUCCUCCACCAAAGGCCUGGCCAUCGCCCUGCAGACCGGUAUCCAUGACUACAAGGUGUUCGCCAACCCUCUCACCUACAUCCUGGUCCUCACCCUCGUCCUCUCCAUUCUCGCUCAGGUGAACUACUUGAACAAGUCUCUGGACGUCUUCAACACUCAGAUGGUUUACCCCAUUUACUACGUACUGUUCACGUCUGUGGUCCUGUGCACCUCCAUCAUCCUGUUCCAGGAGUGGAGCUCCAUGUCCCCCGUGAACGUGGCAACCACUGUGGGCGCCUUCAUGGUCAUCGUGGUGGGAGUGUCUCUGCUCAACCUGUUCAGAGACAACACGAUGACCCUGAAGCAGCUGCUUGCACAGACGGCUCCGCCCCUUGCCCUUGACCUCAGCCAAUCAGCGGCUGGUAACCCCAUCGUCGUGCCGACCCUCCGCCCGGUCAGGAAAGAGGACAAAUGCGGCCUGAUGGAAAACAUGGUGAUUGAGAGUCUGCCGCCGAUGAGGGACGACGAGGGUCUUCAUCAUCAGCUGAGGGGGAGGGGCCACGGUUCUUCAUCAUCAGCUGAAGGAGAGGGGCCACGGGUCUUCAUCGUCAGCUGA